AUGGAGGCGGGUGCCGGGGCUGGCGCGGGAGCCGCAGGCUGGAGCUGCCCGGGCCCAGGACCCACAGUGACCACUUUAGGCUCCUAUGAAGUAUCUGAGGGCUGCGAGAGGAAGAAAGGCCAACGCUGGGGGUCCCUGGAACGGCGUGGGAUGCAAGCUAUGGAGGGGGAGGUUUUACUCCCAGCUCUGUAUGAGGAAGAAGAGGAGGAAGAGGAAGAGGAUGAAGACGUGGAAGAAGAAGAAGAACAACAAGUUCAGAAAGGUGGCAACGUGAGCUCUCUGUCAGUUGGCAAGCACCGGGGCCUGAGCCUCACAGAGACGGAGCUGGAGGAGCUGAGGGCUCAGGUGCUCCAGCUGGUGGCAGAGCUGGAGGAGACGCGUGAGCUGGCAGGGCAGCAUGAAGAUGACUCCCUAGAGCUACAAGGACUCCUGGAGGAUGAACGACUGGCCAGUGCCCAGCAGGCUGAGGUGUUCACCAAGCAAAUCCAGCAGCUCCAAGGUGAGCUGCGGCAUCUACGGGAGGAGAUUUCCCUAUUAGAGCGUGAGAAAGAAAGUGAACUUAAGGAAAUAGAACAGGAAUUGCAUUUGGCCCGAUCUGAGAUCCAGAGUCUGCGGCAAGCCGCAGCAGAUUCCGCAACUGAACAUGAAAGUGACAUGGCAUCCCUGCAGGAUGAUCUCUACCGGUUGCAGAAUGAGCUCGACGACAUGGAACGCAUUCGAGGGGACUACGAGAUGGAGAUUGCUUCACUCCGUGCAGAAAUGGAAUUGAAGGGCUCUGACCCAUCUGACAGUUUAAGUGUCUCAGAAUUCCCUGUGAUACAAGAAGAAUUACAGCAACUGCGGGAGCGCUACCACUUUCUGAAUGAGGAGUUCCGGGCCCUGCAGGAGAGCAACAGCAGCCUUACCGGGCAGCUUGCUGAACUGGAGAGUGAGAGGACACGAAGAGCAACGGAGAAGUGGCUGGAGUCCCAAACACUAAGAAGUAUGAUGUCAGCAGAGUCUCAGACUUCAGAAAUGGACUUCCUGGAGCCUGAUCCUGAAAUGCAGAUGUUGCGCCAGCAGCUUCUGGGAGCCGAGGAGGAGAUGCAAGACAUACAGAAUAAGUGUAAGGACUUGUGUUGUGAGGUACAAGAGCUACAGCAUCAUCGCCGGGCCAGCGAGGAGGAGCAGAGGCGGCUGCAGAAGGAGCUCAAGUGUGCCCAAAAUGAGGUGCUCCGGUUUCAGACUUCCCACAGCUUGGCCCAGAACGAGGAGCUGAAGUCCAGGCUCUCUACCCUGCAGCAAAAGUAUGAUGCUAGCCAGGAUGAGCAGAAUGAGCUCUUGAAGGUGCAGAUGCAACUUCAGUGCGAGCUCCGGCAGCUCAAAAUCAUCAAAGCCACAGAGAGCCAAACUGAGAAGGAGUUGAUGUGCCGCCUCCAGAAGCUCCAGGCCCAGCACCAAUGCAUCGUGAAUGAAAAGGAGAAGCUGCUAGAAGUGCAGUGUCAUCUGCAGGAGAAGCUGCGGUCCCAUGAGGCAGAGCUGUAUUGUCUCCGGGACAUGGCAGCCUCUUUGCGCGAGAGUGAUGAAAAGAAUGUAGGGAUGCAACUUGAGCUUCAGGAGAUGAAGGGAUUAUACCACGCCAGCAAGGAGGAACUGCAGCUGCAGAAGCACAUGUAUGACCAACUGGAGCAGGACUUCAUGCUUUGCCAGAUGGAGCUGAACCAGCUUAAGAGCACCCAAUCUCUUCCCGAGGAUAAGUGUUCCAAGAAGUGUGAUGCACUGAUGACCAGGCUGACAGAAUUGCAGGAAAAGUUCAAAACCAGCCAGAAGGAGAUGGGGAAUCUGCAGAUGGAGCAGUGCGAGCUCCUGGAGGAUCAGAGGAGGCUGCAGGAGGAGCAGGGCCAGCUGCAGGAAGAGCUGCACAGGCUCACGUUUCCACUACCCAAAUGUGGCCUCUACCGUAAGAGUCAGGAUCUGCUUAAAAAGUUACAAGACCUGUGUGAACUACAGCUACUGUACCAAGGCAUGCAGGAUGAACAAAAAAAACUGAUACAGAACCAAGAGUGUGUAUUAAAAGAACAGCUAGAGCUGCACAAAGAGUUGCGAGAGGUCAAAGACUCUAAUUUCCAGGAACUGUUGAACUAUGAAGAUGCCAGAUGUUCUAAGUCCUCAAAUUCUGAGAAUAAGCAGCCCAAGUUGCUCAUGGAACAACUGCAGGCUCUGCAGGUGCUGUAUAACACGAGUCAGACGGAACAGGAGCUUUUGCAACUGGAACAUGGACGGCUCUCAGAGGAGCGGAAAAGGCUGCAGGCUGACUUGCAGCUCUGUCUAGAAGAAAUGCAGCUGCUUCAAGUACAGUCCCCUACCCUAAGAAAGAGCCUGGAGGUCUACAGGAAGAGCUGUGGCAGCACUGACAACUUACACAGGAGUUAUGACAGCGGCACCCCCGAUGAGAAUGAGACCUAUCAGAAGAGUUACGAUAGCAAUCAAAUCAGCAAUGAGAACUUCCUCAAGAGCUAUGACAGCGCCACCAAUUCCAACGAAGGCUAUCAGAAGAGUUAUGGCUCCAGCAGCUGCAGCAUUAACCUUAAGAAGAGUUACAGCAGUCCUACUAGUUCUGACACCUUUCAGAAAAACUAUGCCAACAGCAUCCCUGAAGAGGAGCCAGCUGAUCCUGAAGACUUAGAGCACUUUGAGGAAUUGGUGGCCAAGGUGCUGACCAAGCUGCAGGCAGUGCAGGCCCUGUACCAGGUGAGCCAGGAGGACCACAGCCAGCUGCAAAAGCAGAUGAACAAGCUGCUGUGCACGCAGAUGGAACUGAAGGAUGAGCUGAUUGACUGCGAGAGGGAAUUGAAGGCAUGCCUGGAUGGGUACGAGAAACCCGCAGCUCCCCACAACGACAAGAAUGAGAUCAAAGAGCUGCAGACGAAGCUUCGGGAGCUGCAGCUGCAGUACCAGGCUAGCAUGGAUGAGCAGGGGCGGCUUCUGGCAGUGCAGGAGCAGCUGGAGGGGCAACUGCAGUGCUGCCAGGAAGAGAUCCGUCAACUCAAAGAGAGGAGGCCCUCCUGUGGCAAAGAUACCAGGGCAAAGAAUGGCAAUAAGAAUAUGAACAAGAAUGCCAAUGGGGUUAAAAAGAAAAAGGCAGUUAACCAGUGUGCAGAAAAUUCUGAAGACGGCUUUGAUAAACAAAAGAGUCUGGAGGUUUUACUGUACUACAAGGCCAGCCAGACGCAAUUAGAAGAGCUAGACUGUGAGAAAAAGAAAGAAGAGACGAAAGAAGGAAAAAAAAAGAAACGAUUGCACGCCAUGAAGGAGACAGGUUACGACCUACCUGCUGGAGAGAUUAAGUCAACAGAUGAAUUUGAAAAGUACAAAGAACCAGGGAAUAAGGAAGAUGAGGAGGAGGAGGACGAGGACGAGGAGGAGGAGGAUGAAGAUGAAGAUGAAGAUGAUGACUCGUCUGAAACAGCCGAGGAUAGCAACCCUCUUAAUAUUUCUGACAGCAAAAAGAACAUGUUUGGGAUGUGGAAGCCUAUGGUAUUCUUGGCUAUUGCAGCUGUGGCUCUGUAUGUGUUACCCAACAUGCGACCGCAGGAGACAGAAUUCUGCCUCAUGGAGUAAUGGCAGACCUGGACCAGCCCUGAGGGCAUAUCCCCAGCAGCCGCUACCUUCACCUUUGAGCAGGAUACACUGUGCCAGAGCUCCCACCCCACCCAUGGGUCCCCUGCGUC